GUUAGACUCGAGACUUGGACUUUGGGAACUUGCGAGCUCAUGGCCCCAGGGGCAGGGGAGAGAGAGAGAGAGAGAGAGAGAGAGAGAGAGAGAGAGAGAGAGAAAGGUUUGGAGUUGCACGUACGAUCCGGGUAGCUAGCGUGCGCGCCUGAGAGCACUGUCGGUAUGGACCUUGGCUUGGUCUGGGCGACGAACGCAGCGAGGUUGGUGUCGCCGGGAGCGACGAGAGGCGCCAGUCUCGCGUUGGGCUGCUCCUCGAGAGGGCCGUGGCGACGCGACACAUCUGCCGCAGCUCGAGGCCUCGGGCCAUGGCUAUAGGCGGCGGCGUUGGGGGAGGUAAGGUUCAAGUCGGCGCCGGGUUCGAGUUCUCCAAUGUCGAAGCCGAGGCCGUCUUCGUAGGAGGGUGCGAGGGCGGCAUCGAUGGCCGGAGGAGCAACAGGAGGAGCUGCUGCAGAAGAAGCAGGGGGGGCAGUUCCCGAUCUCGUUCUAUUUCUCGUUCUCGUUCUCGUCUUCGUCUUCGUCCUCGUCUUUGGCCCGGGUGGAGGUCGGGAUCGGGGUUGGGAUCGGGGCUGGGAGGAUUCUGGGGUGGCGGAGGGUCUUUGGGGCGGCGCGAUGGAGUCGACGAUGGCGCAGAGCUUGUCCUCGUCGGACGGCGACAAGCCGUAGCUGUAGUCACUCUCGCUGCCGCUGCCGCUUUGGCUGUCGCUGUCGCUGUCGCUGUAGCUGUAGCUGUUCCGAUUCCGCAGACGGGUCGCCAUGCCAGCUAUUCGACUUUCGAAAUAAAAUUGGGAUCCAUUCUGAGCAAGCGGUGGCCAGAGGAAGGGGGGCCGGCGAGGCAGCGGGGUUGUUGUCGAAUACGCGUGCAUUUCUCCGUCGCAGAUGGGAGCCUCGCGUCUUCCAGGCAGCUUCCCUGCCUCCACUGCAGCGUGCUCACGUGCAGACUGCCCUGUCGAGUCGAGUACCACAAAGGUAACUUUUGCCUGGCAAGGGUCGAAAGGCUGCCUCCGUAGGCGAGGCAGGCUACCUACAGAGUUUCAUUCUUUCCACCCACUUUUACAACCCAAGCGAAGGUAAGGUACCCUACCUACAUUGCGUGUUUACAGAAUCGAUCCUUGCUUGUGCCUGGCUGGUCUGCCUUGAAGGCGUCUGCCAAUGGCCUUGUCCUCGGAGUGAAAGGCCAAGUAAUAGGUAUAGGG